CGGAAGUUCGCUCACAUUGUUCCAUCCGAGACUCCGUAGAACAAACCUGCUACUCUGUUUUGGGACUAUUAUUCUCUUACAGCUGACACCUUGUAGCUUCAGUUGGACAAACAUUACAAGACUGUGAUGGUUUGGACUCAGAGAUGACCUGCAACCUGCAUGCAUGAUUGACAGUAUCUACUCUCAGCUGGUCACAUUUGAGGUUUAAAACAGGGUGAUCAAUGCUUUCUGAUGAGCUUGACUCCAAACCAGAGCUGCUGGUGCAGUUUGUACAGAACGCGUCCAUCCCUCUUGUGCAGGGUCUGGAGGACUCGGAGUCCAAACACCCUUGUCUUCCUCUGCUCACCCCGGCUGAAAGCUCACUGUGCAGCCCGCUGGAGCUCACAGAUGGGGGCCUGAGCCAUGAGCCUGAGAGUUCUCCCUCACUAUCAGAGUUCAGAGGUGUGUCAGAGCGAAGCCCAUUAGUGGUCCAGUCGCACUCUCAUCCACAGGCUUCACCCAGCCCUCCACCCAUCCUUCAUGACCUACAGCAGUCAGAAAGCACUUCAUAUGUCCUGCUAAACCUCGCAAAAGGCAUCACAGCUUCUUCCGAGUCGCUGAUCUUCGCCGCAGAUGGCGCUGGGGAGGAUGACGAUGAGGGGGUCUCAUCAGGGGACUAUGGGAUGGAUGGCAGCGCUCCCUGGUAUCUGCGGGUACAGGAGCUGGCACACGACAGCCUGAUCGCCGCCACACGGGCGCAGCUUGCAAGAGAUGCCAAGGCCAGCCAGGACGCCAAAGCUGCAGGCGACCACACGCACAGUUCAACAGCGGAGGGGGACAAGCGAGAUCCACCGCAGCCUCGGACCAGCCGCCCCCUCUCUAAGCAGAUCCUCCGCUGCUCGUUUGAGGGAUGCUGCAGGACAUUCACCUGGCCCGCUCAUCUCAAAUACCACCUGAAGACACACAGGAACGACCGAAUGUUCAGGUGUGGCGCGGAGGGCUGCGGGAAGAGCUUCUAUGUGCUGCAGAGGCUGCAGGUUCACAUGAGGACCCAUAACGGCGAGAAGCCCUUCAUCUGUAAGGAGAAGAACUGCGGCAAGAAGUUCACCACUGCUGGGAACCUGAAGAAUCACAGACGCACACACACAGGAGAGAAGCCUUUUCUGUGUGAAGCAGAUGGAUGUGGGCGAUCCUUUGCAGAGUAUUCCAGUCUGAGGAAACACAUGCUCGUACAUUCUGGCGAGAAGCCUCAUCACUGCGGGAUCUGUGGGAAGACGUUCUCUCAGUCGGGCAGCAGGAACGUCCACAUGAGGAAGAGGCACGGAGAGGAGGGGCUCAGCACUGAGAGCAGAGAAACAGGUGAGGCUCUGACUCAAAGCAGCCUGCUUGAGGCAGACGGUGAAAAUGGAGAUGAUAUCGUCACCAUGACAACUACUGUUGAGCCCAUAAAUCUUCACCACGCCAUGCUGAGAUCACCAGGCUCUGCAGACUCAGUGGUAGUCCUUUCACAGCCACAUGAAUUGGUGACCAUGACGACCGAAGGCCAUGCAUAUGGAGAAGAUGUGGUGGCAUUGCUGUAGCCCGUCAUCAUGCAAUAUUACACUCACUGCCGUUUCCUGCAGCCAGAGCGGACUUAACGUAGACAUCCAUUUGUACAUAGAUUAAUCACUGACUUUAACCCUGUAGAUAUCUGUAAUUAGUAAUAAUGAUGAUGGUUUUAUUUUGAAAAGAGUGACAUGGCGAUGUUUGUACAAACAACAUUUUUUCCUCAAGUUUUUGAACUUAAAUAGUCCCAAAGAAAAACUGAGACGGGUUUCAAGGUGUAUGAAAAUAUAAUGACCGUGCAUUGUUCUGAGCAGCAUCAUUGUAAACAAGUGUGAGUUUGAAAUGCAGAGAUGUUUUCUCUGAUGGAAAUGGAGUCCCACUUACUUUUAAAGACACCACAGCCGAUAUAAUUGACUGUCAAAAUGUACCAGCAUAGGAAGAUACUCCAUUGUCUGUAUUACUAAUAAGAAAACCGCUGACAUUAAACAAACUAUUCCAGCACAGAAUAUCACGCUGCUGCAUGUAAACACCGGUCACAGCCUCUCUGUUUAUCAACCUGAGAAAAACACACAGAAACAACCAUCUGAAACAAAAUGCCCAGAGCUGCUUCACUCAGCGUGUCAUUGGUUAACUUCUUCCACUCAAAGUGUGGACCUCCAGCGCUCUACUUGUUCUCUGAGUAAGGCACAAAUUUCUCAUUUACAGCUCAAUAUAUUAACACUUGAGAAUAAUUGCUUUUUAAACAAAAUGAAGAAUUACUCAUGAGGUUAGAAAAAACAAACAAACAGCAGAUGUCUGGGGCUGUUAGAUAAAGUAGUGUACACUAUGAGCAGUGUUUGUUCCUCCUCCUCCUCCUCCUCAGUGGAUCUUCAGGUUGUGGAAGUGGUCCAGCGUGGCGCCCAAAGCCCAGCUUGCCUCCACGUUGUUCACUUUCUUGGUCAACUAGGAGGGAAAAAACCCAACACCAAAUCACUUAAAUGCCUUUUGUAUUUAUUGAAAUAAAAAAGUAACACAAA